UGAUUUUCCGUGGCGAGGCGAGAGCGUGCGAGAGAGCGCGCGGCCCGCGAGAGCAAGAGAGAGCGAGAUCCUGCCGCCGAGCGCGAGAGCGCGCGAGAGUCUUUAUCAUUCGGGAGUCCAUAAACUCUGGUGGUCUCGCGAGAGUGGGGGCGAGAGCGAGCGAGAGAGGCGGAAUAUAAAAUAUGCAUCCCGAGAUUGGGGUGGUUCAGUGUGAAAAUACCCGUCCGUGGAUUUGGUACGUGAUUGUGGCAGCGUUCGCGUGUGCUCAAAUGUCGUCUUAUAAACUGUUAUGUAAAAUACGAACAUAAAUAAAUGAUUCAGUGUCAAUGACCCGAUCGUGAUGGGAAGAUUGUGAGGGAAUAAGUGAUAAAUUUGGGCCUUUUCCCCAAAACCACAGCCGUGCAGAGCCGCGAUCGUGCUCACGAGAGCCCCGCUGGAGCGCCGCGCGCCCCAUUCCGGAGCUGACACACACGCAAGACACCUUUUGUGAGGUUAACCUGCGCCCCAUUCAGCAUCCCGCGACCAUCCGGAGCGCCAGUGAAUCGCUGCGGCAGCCACGGGAGACGUUCUUCACACACUUAUAUUUGAGGGGAGAGAGAGGAAGAGAAACUGUCUCGUGAGCUUCGGUGGCCAGGCCAGCGCCCGCGAGGCGUGCUGUCGUGCGUGAACAAUGAUGUGUGAACUGUGUGUGUUUCUGGUAAAUGCGAAGAAGUGAAUGGAAGAGGCAGUGGAGGACCCUAGAGUGGAUUCUAGUGGUCCUCCUUAUUAUUCAGACGGUGAGAAUCUCACUGGGGGCCAGCAUCCCUGUCCGGGAGGCCGAUGAGGUCAUCGCGCAGCGCACUUUCGACUACACUAUCGUCACCAUGCGCGACCGGACGCCCAAGAUCUGGCGGCUGCUGCUGCAGAACACCUCCGUGCAGGAGGCGCCGCAGAAUCUCCUCCACACACGCCAGGUGGUGGUCUUCGGAGAGGCCGAUACCAUUCUGUCCAGGACGUACCGCAGCGCGACCGAGCGACGACGGCUGCGGCGCCUGGGCGACAAGUCUGUGCUGGAGCGCAACCAGCGCUCCGCUAAUCUGUCCUACGCCAUGGGAUCGGCGAGGAAGAUCCAGCUCUUCAUCAAGAAUCGCUUCCUGCAGCUGCUACCCGAUGGCACAGUCAACGGCACGCAGAACAUCCACAGCGACUACACCAUUCUGCAGCGAACGACUGUGGAUGUGGGAAAGAUUAAGAUUCAAGGCGUCGCGACUUGCCUGUACCUCUGCAUGGAUCUGUGUGGUGGAAUUUACGCUUCGAGAAAGUUCAGCGACGAUUGUGUCUUCACUGAGUCAAUGGAGGAGCAGCACUACAAUUCCUACUCCAGCUCCUACAACAGCAAUCCCCAGGGCGUGCUCUAUCUCGCCAUCAAUCGCUAUGGGCAGCCCAGGAGGAUCCGCAUCCCAUCCACGCGGCAGCUGGGCAACCUGACGCGCUACACCAACAGCCUGACGCACCUCGUGGAGAAGGAGCGCGCCGAGGCGCUGAUCUCGCGCGUGUUCGGCGCCAAUCACGUGCGCCACGGGCUGAAGCAGCUCUGUGACUCCGGCAAGGCAGCGUUCGAGGGCCCCAUGGUGGCGCGGCCCAAGUGCAAUUUGGGCAAGAAGAAGCCGGGCAAGAGGAAGAAGUGCGACGGCAAGAAGUGCAAUUUUGGCGCCAAGGCGCGCAAGAAGGCGAAGAAGCGCGGCAAGGAGGAGCAGGCGACGACAACUGAGGCGGAAGACGCCGACGACAGGACGUUCUCGUUCGACCAUGACGACUGAGGGCGCGAGACGUUGAUCGAUAUGUGAUGCAUGUGGCCUUCCGGAUGAUGUCAGUUCCCCGCUCCGUUUAGGUAUUCCCAUCAUCGUGUCUUUAGGCAGCUUAGUUAGUCUCUUAGAAAGUCCGUCCACGAGACAUAAUAGAGUCAUUUCCACGUCAUGACCUCACGCAAUAUCUUAUGCAUUUUAUUACUAGGGGGUUUGUCAUGGCGUCGAGUGGAGUACAUGUGGUCGGAAAGUGAGGAUUUCCUCGCCAAUUUCCCACUGAGGCUGAAGAAAAGUGAGGAAAUGCAUUUUCUUUCAGCGUUUUUCUGUCUCAAUCGCUACUGAUUUUUUGAUCUUGCAAAGUGACCUAAACACUAACAGUCAGAUUUAAGCCUACACUCAGGCACGAUAGUAACUCUUCAACUCCAGGUUUAGACUUGAUGAAACUCCACAGAUUAUUCUCAAAUAUCUUGGUAGUUAAUCUUGCCUAGGUCAGUAACUUUGGUAUUGAUCGAUUCUUACUUUUAGAGUGAGGAAAAGUAUCUCAAAUCAGAAUUUUUUACUGAAAUGAGUAGUUUUUCUUGAUCACUAAAAUUAGCUGAUUAUUGAAUAAAGGCAGAAACAUGGCCAAAAUCGACUCCACUCGACGCAAUGACGCGCCCCUAAGUUUUUCCCACAUUCAUUUAAUUAUAAAAAUCCCUCCCGCAUUUCUUAUCAUUUUCGCGGGUCGUAGGAGCAAUAAAUAAGCCCUAAUCUCUUACUAUUUUGUCGCAAUGUGCCAUUUGAAGUAGAGCUUGAGAUAAUAUAGUUUUAUAGCCAUAUAUAAGAAUAAAAUUGUGUAUUUUAUCAUGUAAAUAGUUUACUUUCUCUGCAAAUUGCCAGUUUAAUGUUUAAUCACGCGAAAGAAAAAUACUAAACAGUGUUGCUGAGACACAGAUAGAGAGAGAGAGAGAGAGAGAGAAAGAUGUGCAUUUUUUGGGCAGAAAAGAGUGACUUGAAGAACAUUUUUCUGCACUUAAAGGAUCUUUUUAAAUGGAGAAUGAAAUUUUACGUUUAAGGCGCGCGCCCUCGAAGAGGCUGAGAAAGUUUCUGGUAUCAUUUUGGAAGAGAAGAGCGCAUCUCUGAAUGUUACCCAGUAGAGUAUUUUCUUAGAGACACAGGCAUUUUUCCAAGCUCAAAUUGUAGGUAGAAUUUUCCACUAGUAAGUAGAUUUAUACUUUCCCUGAUAGUUGGUAGUUUUUAUUUUUUGGCUUUAGUGAAUGACGAGGAAAAGAACAUAAUUAGAAACUUCUCAGGUAUUUGUAAAUAUAUUUAUUUGAUAUUAUAUAUUUUUUAGAAAAUAUAUUUCUUCUCUCAAAUUGAGCAAAUUGAAUCCAAGGAGAAUAAGAAUUGAGAAUUAUAUGACUAAUCAAAAAAAAAGAAAGAAAAUCACACACACGAAUAAACUUCCACAGAACACAAAUGUUGUGCCGGACGCAACUUUAGUGGACUUGCAAACUCGAAAUUUGGUGGCUUUUAAUGCGCAACAAACUGUUGAGAUGUCGAUUUAAUGCAUAGAAGAACUAAAAAUUAAA